UUAAACAGAGACCCGAAACCUCGCCAUUUGAGGCUGAGGGACGUCUUCAGGUUCUUCGUGUUGCCUCUGCUCUGCAUCCUAAUCCCUCCAUAGAAACCAGCUGGGGUUAUACUGAAAAAUAAUCGACUCAGGUAAAAAUAUAAAGAUGAGACGGCAUGAACAAUAUCCUGAUUCUGGUGCCAAUGCAUAUCUCUCUGCUCAGAUGCAGCAGCAUAUGCCUGGGCAGAUUAUGGAGCAAAAUUCCACUCCCUUCCAAGGACAACUAGAAGCGUUCACUCCUGAGAGGGAUCAGCCAGCUGCAACUUCAAGCACGGACGGGCAAUGGGGAUGGGAAAGAGAUGGGUCCAAAGUGUCAAAUCAAAUGGCAGGACCACUGUACAAUGAAGGCCAGUGGGCAGAUAGAUCAAUAACUUAUUUUCAGGGCCAGAGACCAGAUCUUAAGUCCUCAGAGAAACAAAACGCUGAUCUUAGAUCUCGACAGCAUGAAGAAGACAUGGAAAUUGGGUAUGAAGAUAAUCAUUCUUCAAAAACUUUUGAAGGCCUUGAGAAGAAGUUCCUGGAUGACAUAAUGAAGCUUGCCAAGGAACAGAAUGAUGCUGAGGAUGCAGAAAAUGCCAGACAUAGGGAGAGAAUAAAUGCAAUCAACGCUCAGUAUCAGGAACAGCUAGCUGCACUUAGAGCACGGCAUGCAAAUCGUAGAGAUGAGUUCCUCCGAAAGGAAUCUCAUGCACGCCAACAACAGUACCAGCAAACCCUUAUCGUUCACUACCCUAACAUUGGCAUGGGCUCGGGUAAUGCCAUGACACCUGGUAAUCCUCAUAGUUAUAGCGGUGUCGCAGGUUCUGCCAUGGUCGGGGAUGCAAAUCGUGCUUACAACUCAGACCCUUCUGACUCUUAUAGAGAGAGGACUCGAUUUCUUGGAGCUGCCAGAGAUCAAGGGUUUGAGCCUAGAGGUUCAUAUCCUGGGGGCCGUGUCUAUGAUACUGGCUCACGUUACUACUGAAUUUUGCAUUUGUUAUAUCCUACCCCCUCUUUCCCUCCAGAAACUGCUAGUUAGACUGUAGCAGACUUUAGCUGUAUUUCAUUCUCAACAGAUUUAUGCAGGCGUUUCUUGUUUGUAAUGUUUCACAUCUUUUCUGAUUUCUCAACAGAUUUAUGCUAGUGUCUCUUAUUUUAUGCUAUUCACGGUCACCAUUCAUCCAUUUAGUUCUGAAAUCUUCAAGAUCAUGGAUCUCUAAUCCGUAAUUUUAUACCCCUU